UCUGGAGAGCCUGUGUUCGAAUGUCCCCAUAUUGCUGUUCCACAGAACUGAACAGUGUUAACUUUCUAUAGUGUGGUAUAUUCAUCCCGAACUCUCCCGUGAGCAAUGUUCAAUGAUAAUUAAUAUUUAUUCAUUUCUUAACUGGUCAAAAUGAAGAAUGCUGAAUAUUUUGACACCGUAAUGUUAUGUUGCAGACACCGAGUGACCUGACUGAACCCUCUGGAGACCAUGAAUGGAAUGAGAGAUCCACUUCAUUCUUACAACAGACACCGAGUGACCUGACUGAACCCUCUGGAGACCAUGAAUGGAAUGAUAGAUACACUUCAUCCUUACAACAGACACCAAGUGUUCCGAUCCUGAUGAAACCUUUUGAAGAUCAAGAAAGGAGUGGAAGAUCCACUUCUUCCUUACAACAGACACCAAGUGACCUGACUGAACCCUCUGGAGAACAAGAAUGGAGUGAGAGAUCCACUUCAUCCUCACAACAGACACCAAGUGUUCCGAUCCUGAUGAAACCUUUUGAAGAUCAAGAAAGGAGUGGAAGAUCCACUUCUUCCUUACAACAGACACCAAGUGACCUGACUGAACCCUCUGGAGACCAUGAAUGGAAUGAGAGAUAAAUUCUCAAAAUUCUCAAAUUUUCAAAAUUCUCAUUAUUUCCUGGAAUAUCUUAUUUUGAUUAUUUUAUUUUUCCAUUUUUAAUAAAUAAUGCCUUCUUUUACAGGUGGGAAUAAGAGACGCACGUGGACAGAUUAUGAAGUGAAGGCUGUUGAGCGACAUAUGUUUGAUUUCAUAACAAGCCAUAAAGUUUCAGGUAAAACGA